AUGGAUGAUUUUGAUAGAGAUUUAGACAAUGAAAUAGAGUUUAGUCAUAAAUCAACUAAAGGUGUGAAAGUCCAUCGUACAUUCGAAAGUAUGAAACUAAAGCCUGAAUUAUUAAAAGGAAUUUAUGCGUAUGGUUUUGAAGCACCAUCUGCUAUUCAAUCUAGAGCAAUAAUGCAUAUCAUAAGUGGCAAAGAUACUAUAGCUCAAGCUCAAUCUGGUACGGGUAAGACUGCUACAUUUUCCAUAGGUAUGCUUGAAGUACUUGAUUACAAAUCCAAAGAAUGUCAAGCUUUAAUACUAUCACCGACUAGAGAAUUAGCAGUACAAAUACAAAAUGUAGUAAAACAUUUGGGGGAUUAUAUGAAUAUACAAACUCAUGCAUGUAUAGGAGGUAAGAAUGUGGGAAAUGAUGUAAAAAAAUUACAACAAGGACAACAAAUAGUGAGUGGAACUCCAGGUAGAGUUUUAGAUGUUAUAAAACGAAGAAAUUUAUCAACGAGGCAUAUAAAGAUUUUAAUUUUGGAUGAAGCAGAUGAAUUAUUUACGAAAGGAUUUAAAGAACAAAUAUAUGAAAUAUAUAAGUCUCUACCUUCUGGAGCUCAAGUUGUUGUGGUUAGUGCUACUUUAUCACAUGAAGUUUUGGAAAUGACAAAUAAAUUUACAACAGAUCCCGUUAAAAUAUUGGUGAAACAAGAUGAAGUGAGUCUAUCAGGUAUCAAACAAUAUUAUGUUCAAUGUGAAAAAGAAGAUUGGAAAUUUGACACAUUAUGCGAUCUAUAUGAUAAUUUAACUAUAACUCAAGCCGUUAUAUUCUGCAAUACAAAGCUAAAAGUGAACUGGUUGACAGAUCAAAUGAGGAAACAAAAUUUUACAGUUGCAUCAAUGCAUGGAGACAUGAAACAAGAUGAAAGAGAUUCAAUUAUGAAUGACUUUAGGACAGGUAAUUCAAGAGUAUUGAUAUCAACUGAUGUUUGGGCUAGAGGUAUUGAUGUUCAACAAAUCUCUUUGGUUGUGAAUUACGAUCUACCAAACGAUAAGGAAAAUUAUAUACACAGAAUUGGUAGAUCUGGUAGGUUUGGAAGAAAAGGGACGGCAGUUAAUUUGAUUACAAAAGAUGAUGUACAAACUAUGAAGGAAAUUGAAAAAUUUUACUCCACAAAAAUCAAAGAAAUGCCUGUAAAUAUUAACGAUAUAAUGUCAUGA